UUUUUGUUGACAAGUUUGCAUUCACUUCGAUUGUCAGUUCUGUCGUAUUUAUAAAUAAAUCCUGAUUACUUUAUUUAUUUUUGUCUAUUACCUGUAAAUAAAAUGGAUGGGAUAGAAGUUCCGCCUGUCCCAAAGCGUGUAAUCGAAAGAGAAAAGCCAGUUGAACGACACACUGAAGAAAAAAUUUCAGAAGGACAUGAACCAACUUUCCCAAUUACGCGGAAAGGAGUCCUCACUUCUCUUGUCACUGGAAAGGCAAUGGAAAUUCCGGAAAAGGAUUUGUUUGGACGUUGCCGUUUUGUAUCAGAAUUCGAAAAACUGAACAGGAUUGGAGAGGGCACUUAUGGAAUCGUGUAUCGUGCCAAGGAUACGACCACAGACAAGAUAGUUGCGCUGAAGAAGGUUCGGAUGGUGCAUGAAGUGGAUGGAAUGCCGUUGAGUGGUCUACGAGAGAUAUCAGUAUUAUUGAGGUGUAAUCAUGAGAAUAUUGUACAACUCAAAGAAGUUGUCGUUGGAAAAAGCCUUGAAAGCAUUUUCCUCGCGAUGGAAUACUGUGAGCAAGAUUUAGCCAGUCUAUUGGACAACAUGCAGAAUCCAUUUUCUGAAUCGCAAGUUAAAUGUAUCAUGCUUCAAGUACUGAAAGGUCUGAAGUAUUUGCAUCAAAACUUUAUUGUUCACCGUGAUCUCAAAGUAUCCAACCUUCUCAUGACUGACAAGGGCUGCGUAAAAAUAGCUGAUUUUGGCUUGGCUCGUUGGUUUUCACUGCCAGUGAGACCUAUGACACCGAAAGUUGUGACUUUAUGGUACCGUGCGCCUGAACUUCUCUUGCAAGCCAGAACUCAGACAACAUCGGUCGAUAUGUGGGCUGCUGGAUGUAUACUCGGCGAACUAUUAGGCCACCAGCCGCUGCUGCCGGGCACGUCGGAGAUCGCGCAGCUGGAGCAGAUCGUGGACCUGCUCGGCACUCCGUCGGACGCCAUCUGGCCGGAGUACUCGUCACUGCCGGCCCUCGCCAACUUCAGCCUCAAGGCGCAGCCCUACAACAACCUCAAGCAGAAGUUCCCCUGGUUGUCGCCGGCCGGCCUUCGCCUACUCAACUUCCUCUUCAUGUACGAUCCCAAGAAGCGCGCCACCGCCGAGGAGUGUCUGCAGAGCUCCUACUUCAAAGAGCAGCCGUUACCUUGUGAUCCGAAGAUGAUGCCUAGCUUUCCGCAGCAUCGCAACCUGAAAGCUGGCAACAAGGCCAAUCCAAAUCAAAGUGGUGGUGGUGGUGGUACUAGUCAAGGAGGUGCUACAGACACAGGCGUCAUGGACCAAACUAUGAAUUUGCCUACAAUUUCCGAUCUGCUUGGUUCGUUGGUGAAAAAACGAAGGAUGGAUUAAUCAAUUCAUGGAAACAGCAUUCCUGUUUUUAAAGUAAUGGUUUUGUAAAUUUUCUUUUAAUACGAUACAAUAAAGUGUGUGAAAUAUCUACUUUUA